GGAUUACACACCAACCUCCAGUCCAGUGGGCUUCUGGCAGCGCCUGGGUUAAACUUCAACAACAUGGCCCCCAUCCGUAGCAACACAAACGGAAUGGACAGAGGUGAUAACUGCAGUGGGAUAAAAUCUGACAGAAAGAUGAGGAAACCUCUGGUCGAGAAGAAAAGAAGGGCUCGCAUCAAUGAAAGUUUACAAGAACUCAGAGUUCUCAUCGCGGAUGCAGACUUAGAAUCAAAGAUGGAGAAUGCCGAAGUGCUGGAGAUGACAGUGAAACGUGUGGAGAGCAUCCUGCAAAACCGGGCUCAAGAAAUGGACGCCGUGAACCGGGAGGCCUGUGAGCGGUUUGCUGCAGGCUACAUCCAGUGUAUGCAUGACGUGCACACUUUUGUGUCCAGCUGUCCUGGGAUUGACCCAGCAGUAGCCGCGGAGCUGUUGAACCACCUCCUGGAGAGCAUGCCCCUGAACGACGAAGACCGCCUCCGGGUGAUGCUGCCGGACACGGUGGCAGAGUAUCCCCGCAGUAACAGCACCUGGUCCCUGUCAGAGAGCAUGUACACGGUUCUGGUGUCCCCAGCCCCCUCCACCACCUCCACCGAUGACCUCUGCUCUGACCUGGAUGAGACUGACUCAGAGCAUAGUCAUGUUUCUUCUUCAGAGGAGGCUGACAGCCAGGAUGUGUUGAGCUUGCCCUCAUUAACGUACUCCAAGUCAAUGUGGAGACCAUGGUAGAUCAUUUUAAAAAAAGGAACAGCAUGUUUUAAACCACAGUAGAUGAUUUAAUGCUUUGUGUUAGGAUGUUUUGUGGGGUAGGCCUCAGUACAUGACAAAAACACUACUGAGAUGACAACUUUGAAACUUGUUGAAAGGCAUCUGAGAAGCUCUUUGUGUAAUUAUUGGGGAACUACAAAUAAACUAAAAUGUAUUUAAUAAAUAAAGUAUGUAAUUAAAUCUGUUUUGCAGAGGUCAGAGACAUGUAGGGUCUUCAUUUGGAAGUGUAUUGGACUUGUAUGGGCCUGCCUUCAGUGAAGGGGUAAACGCAUAUGUAAAUAUUGUUGAAUAUGACUGGGCUGUAUAGAAGAUAGCUAGAAACGCAUUGUUAGUUGUGUGUAAAUUAUUUUUUAUGUAGGAUGUCUUUAACUUUGUAUUUAUAAGUGUCAAAUGACAUUUAGUAGGCUACCUCACCUAAAAAGUUUCAAUAAAUAUCUUUUUGACAAACUA